AUUUGCUAUAACUGACCUUAAAAUGUGCCACAUUGACUAUUUUAAAACGUUUUUAUUUCUUUCACUUCUAGUCAGUUGCAUAAUCAGUGCAAUCAGUGCUAAAAAAGGUUUGAUACCAUGUGAAACUGAUGAAGAUUGUCCUCAAUUACAAAAUUCUACAUGUGAUAAAAGUUUCGGAGUUUGUCAAUGCAAUGGUACUAGAAUGUGUAAUAUUAAAAAAACUAAAGUUGUAACAAAAAUUGGCGGAGAGUGUCAAAGUACGGAAGAUUGCAACAUAGACUCAGCUGAAUGUAUAAAUUCGAAAUGUGAUUGCAAAAAGGAAUAUGUGAAGUCCACUGACGGCAAAAAGUGUUUAUUGGUAUCCGAGGGAAUUAACGGAAAAUGUGAAGACAGCGUUCAAUGCUACACAAAGACACCGAAUACCGUGUGUACAGACAAUAAAUGUGUUUGCGAGGGUAUGCAUGAAUAUGAAGGAAAGUGUUACAAAAGUGUUGAUCUAGGUCAAGCUUGCGAGUCGAAUCCAGAAUGUAUUAACAAAUUUUCAAGUUGCAAAAAUUCGGUAUGCACCUGUAACGAUAAAUAUGUUGCAAGCUUAAAAAACGAGUCAACAUGUCUUCUAAAAGCAGAAAAUAAUAACAGUCCUUGUGUAGAUGAUAUACAGUGCACAUCAACCCUUGGCAAAUCUUCCCAAUGUGAGGACAGUGUUUGUAAAUGUAAAACCUUUUUCCAUUAUAAGGAGAAAUUAAAUAAAUGUGUAGAAAAUAUUCAACUGGGAAACCACUGCGUAAUUCAUAGUGAAUGCCAUGAUCCCUACCCAGAAAAGGAAAAUAGACUAGAAUGUGUUGCUGGAGUGUGUGAGUGCAGAUCAUCUUUUACAGAGCAGGAUGGAAUAUGUGUUGAAAACAGCAGCACUCGGGUAGCGUCAGCUAUCUUUAUAUUGAUAAGUAUUUAUACAACAUUAACAAUUUUUAACUGAAAAAUUUUCCACAAUGUGCUAUAUAGAUUUUAUUGUUAUUACCAAUAGUAUUACUACAAGAAACAAAUCUAACAUUAUCUUCUGUAAAUUUAUUUAUUUAUAUAAAAUGUAUUGGUGAUAUUU